CACUGCAUUGAUUCGUUGUUGCAUUAAUCAAGAAAGUCUUUGUGUUAGUUAUUUAUAUUUUUUUAUUAAGAGGGAGUUUUUACAAUUUAAAAAGUGAAGUGAAUAAUCCAUACAAAAUACAAUAUGCCAAUUAUGUACAAUACCGGAGAUUGGUUUGCUCUGCGGCCGGAUACAUAUAGAAAAUUGGAUCUCUUUACUCCUGAUUGGCCUCUUGAUGUAGAUUUGGAGUACAUGCAAGUGGUAGGGGCACCAUUUGGUGGACCAUUAGCAAUGAUUCGAGAUUCUAAACAAAUCGUCCCUAUUAAAGGAAGUGUCAAGCCCAUGAUUCGCAUUUUCAACACAGCCGGUAUGGAGCUUGGAAAAAUAGUGUGGAAUCACGGGAAGAUAAUUAAGAUGGGUUGGUCAGAUGUAGAGGAGCUCAUAUGUGUUCAAGAUGACGCGCUGGUUUUCAUCUUUGACAUGUUUGGAAACGAAAAAGAGUCAUAUAGUAUGGGACAGGAGGCUAGCUUAACUAAGAUUGUAGAUGCGAAAAUCUUUCAAUCCAUAUCUGGAACCGGUGUUGCUGUGCUUACAACAACUGGACGAAUUUUCUUGAAACUAAACAAUUCAAAAGAUGUCCGCACACGACAAUUACCUGAAAUUCCAAAAUCGGCAUCAGAAUGCUCAUGCUGGGAAAUAAUCACAGAAGAACGAAACACUUACUGCCUGCUGGGUCGGGAUCAGGAAGUCGUUAAAUUAUUUCCGGGCGAAUCUGUAGGCACAGUGACGCGAAACCUUUUUGAUAGGCCGUUCGAACGUAUCCUGCUCAUGUCAGUUUCUUACAACCAGCAGAAUCUGGCGCUCUAUACAAAUAAUGGUCUUUUGUGGCUAGGGACGGUGGAUAUGAAGAAAAAAUAUUGUGAAUUCGAUACGGGUCGCAAAGAUAUUCCACGCCAAAUCGAAUGGGUUAUGAACUCGGAAAAAAAUGAUGCCGACGCUGUGGUAAUUUCGUAUCCUUCAUUUUUACUGGUGGUAAAUCGUAAUGGUGAUAAAAACCUGUUCACUUAUGACCCAGCCAUAUUCCUAAUUGCCGAAAUGGAUGGCGUGCGUAUCAUUACAAACAAUGCGCACGAAAUGAUUCAAAAGCUGCCAAAAUGUGUGCAAAACAUAUUUGCUGUAAAUAGCCAGGAGCCUUCGAGCUUCCUUUUUGAAGCACAGAAGAAAUACCAAGAGCAGUCCCAUCAAGCCGACGAAUAUCUGAGUCUAUUUCGCAACAAAAUGGAUGUUGCUGUGGAUGAAUGCAUAGAGGCGGCAGGGUAUGAAUUCUGUACAGAAACACAAAAGAGCUUACUUCGGACGGCGUACUUCGGUAAAGGCUUUAUCCCUUCCCACAAUCCCGAUGAAUAUAUGCACAUCCUUAGAAUACUGCGGGUGCUUAACGCUCUUCGUCAUGAAAAUAUUGCUAUGCCACUGACUUACAAACAAUUUUCUCAUUUGCAAGCAGAAGUUGUGCUGGGACGCCUGGUAUUUCGCAAGCACUAUGCCAUAGCAAUUCAGAUUGCAAAACACUUAAAUUUGCCAGAAUCGUGGAUUUUGGAGCACUGGGCAUACCACAAAGUCAUAAAUGACAAAAACGACAAUGAGGUGGCCCGGAAAAUCACGGAGAAAUUCAAAAAUCCUUCAAUACAUGGAAUCUCGUUUUGUAACAUCGCAGAGAAAGCGCAUGAUGUGGGACGAGAUGAGCUGGCUAUAAAGCUACUUGAACUGGAACCACGCGCGUCGCUACAAGUGCCAUUAUUGCUGAAAUUGGGGAAAUAUGAUCGUGCCAUAAGAAGUGCCACUCAGUCAGGCGACAGUGAACUUGUGGCCACGGUGCUACUGGAGAUCAAAAAGAAAAUGAUGCUUGCGAACUUCAAUAUUAUCAUUCGUGAGUACCCCAUGGCUUUAAAUAUCUACAAGAAAAUGAUGAACGAAUGGAGCCGAACUGCGCUGUAUGACAUCUACAACCAAGAAGACGAUCAAAAAUCGAUUGCCGAGUACCAUUUUCGCAAUGCUCUUGAAAGCGACAGCUUAGAGUCAAAUUUGCCAAUCAUCGCCAACAGUUAUACGCAGGGGCGUAAAAAUAUCGAGGCUGAAUUGUGCGCAGACACAGGCAAGAUGUUAAAGCUACAAAAGAAUGUGUUGAAUCCAAAAUAUGGCAAGGUGCAUCAAAUCAAUUUUAGCGGUCUCUCCAUACAUGACACCAUAAUGCAGUUGUUGCAAAUUGGUGAACUGAAGGAAGCAGAAAAAAUCAAAAGUGAUUUCAAAGUGCCAGACAAGCGCUUCUGGUGGUUGCGCAUUAUAACCUUGUCCGAAAAAUUCAAAUGGGACGAUUUGGAGAAGUUUGCCAAAAGUAAGAAAAGUCCCAUUGGCUAUGAGCCGUUUGUGGAAGUGUGCCUUAGGCAGAAUAAUUUGCAUGAAGCGCGCAAAUACAUUAGCAAAUGUCGUGAUGACCGAAAAGCGCAUUGGUAUUUACGUUCAGAGCUCUGGGAUGAAGCGGCGGACAGUGCAUUUGAAAACCGUGAUAUCAACACUUUAUACACCAUACAAAACAAAGCCAGUGCGAUUGGUAAUCGUGUGCUUUUGGAGAAAAUCAGCGCACAUAUUGCCGUCUUGGCUUUGAAGAAAUAAAAGAGCAGUUGCAUUUGCUUAAAAUAUUAGAAGAAAUAAAAUAACUCCGUAUGUGUUACUUUGACAUUUUCAAAGGGACAUUUAUUUUCCAUAUAUGUAUAUUUAUCAUACGUACAUAUAUAUGUAUAUACGUUAAUAUGUAUGUAGUAAUUAUGUGUAGUUAUUUAUGAAGGUAUUUAGGUAAUAGAUCACAUAAAGCAAAAAGAAAUAUAUUUAUUUAUAUUUAACUAACACUCUUGCUUUUUUCAUUUUAAUAUUUCUCAUAUUUAAAUACAUAUGCAUAUUUGUAUACUAAAUAUUCAAUGUUAAGGACAAUGUUUCACAUAAAAUAUUGUUACUAUAUAUCAUACGAUUAGUUGUAGAUACUUUAUAUGCUUUGUAUAGAUGUUGUAUUAUUAUUAUUAUAUUCAUUACAAUUAUAUAUGUUUUACGAACAAAACACAGCAGUCUUAUAUAAGAUGAAUUUAUUUGAAUUAAUUUUUUUGUUUUAAAUAGGUUUUGCAGUGUAUUGACGCUUUUCGCAUAUUGUUAAUAAAUAAUUGCAUAAAGCUGCACCAGUAGACCAUUCAAAUGUUUCUUUUUUUCUCUUAAUUAAAAUUGUUAGGUGAUUUGGGGUAGUUAUUAGCAGAUCAAUCGUGCUUGUCUGAUGGUACUUCGAAAGUAUGGAAAUUGUUUUGAAUUAUAUGAAUAUUAUCAUUAAUACAUAUGUGAUUCGAAUGUGUGGAUACAAUUUUAACAAGUAUAUAUUUCAUACCCCAGAAAUCGGUGUAUUCUAUUUCAAAAUAAACUGGAUAAUUAAUAUAAAACUAACAUUAAAUUAUUUUUGUCAUCAUUUCAUUGAGAAACACCCAAACAUCAAAAUAUUAAUUAUUUACUUACGCGUUUUUAACCAUGAACACACUCAUAUUUCUAUAGAAAAGCGAUAUCCAUAUUGUUUUGUAUAAUUUUUUGCUAUACUGUAUAUAUGUAUGUACAAUCGCUAAUUUUUUUGUAAUUUUUAUUUCACAAUCUAAUUUACAUAU